AUGGAAAAGAAAAUGGAUCCCGAAAAGGAAAAAGAGAUUGAAGAAGCGGCAAUAAAAUACAAAAAUCAAUAUUUAGAGUUGGUCACAGCAGCAAGAAAGAAAUUGGCGGAUGCGGCUGAGGCAAAGAAGGCAACAGAAGAGAAAACCAAAAGUAUAAAACAAGUUACUCCAGUAGAGAUACAUGAAUACAAUACCGUGAACGCUUCCUGCUCGACAAGGUUAUUAUCUAACCCACAUUUAAAAAAAGAAGAAGCUAAUGAAGAUUGUGUAAAAGAGGGUAAGAAGCGAAUUAUCGGUAAACAAGGGGAUAGAAGUAAAGUGGAGGAGGGUGAAGAGAGUAGUGAAGGAGAGUGA